AGGAGUGUUAUGAACCAGACAGUGGAUGGCUCAUAACCAAGAGAUUAUGAUUUGUAAUCUUUACAUUUAUCUAUGAUAGUGUAAUCUCAUAUAUAAAGAACUUAUAUGUUAGACUUUUUCAUUACUUUUAUAACAUGAAACAAAUUAUGUCUUUAUUAAAUUUGGUAGUACAUGAUUUCAAUAUCUGUCCAAGUUUUUUUUAUGAUUAUCAAAACAACAAAUGAAGAAAACAUGUAAGCGACUAACCGAACACUACAUUUAGAUACAUAGUUAAUUAGAGAUAUGUUCUAUUACAAUCUUCCCAUGCAAUCAUCAUUUUAUUAUUUAAAACUUCUGUAUAUAUUAAUUAAUAAAAUUGUUUAUUUUUGUUAAAGGUUUUACCAAUUAAAAUUAUUAAAUUGUUAGUCACGUAGCGGCUGACACUAAAAUAAAGGUGGUUGUUAGAGAAUGCCUUCCCUACAUAUGUAUAUUUUCUCGUCUGCAUUUUCUGAAUCUUCUUACAAUGUUUUUCUUCUUUUAUCCUCCAUUAAAGGACACCUAAAGACUAUAUAUAUUAAGCUUCAAUCGAAUUUCUAUACAUAUAUUUCUCCUUGCAAAGAAUCAUGGUUAUAAAAACGACAGAGAGAAACUAUUCUGUGGCAGCAGUUGCCUUGGUCAUCGUUAUGGCUUUGUAUCUUGUUGCUCUGUUCUCCACCGUGUCCGACCUUAAGUUGAUUCCUUCGCUAAGUUUGUCUCAAGGCAUGUUACAACAAACAUGGGAAUCAAUAAAAAUCGACAAGCCUCCACAAGAGACAACUUCAUCAACAAUCAUAUGUGAUCGAUCCCACACUAACUACGAUCUCUGUUCAAUCAACGGCUUAUGUCAUCUCGACAUCAGAAACCAAACUAUCACUCUCAUGGACCCCACUUUUGCCACAUCAGCACCGAUUGUUGAGAAGAUCAGACCAUACCCAAGAAAGGCAGAUAACUGGAUCAUGUCCAAAAUUCAAGAACUAACACUGACCUCAGGUCCAAUGGGCCUAACCAGAUCAUGUGACAUAACACAUGAUUCGCCGGCUAUUGUUUUCAGCGCUGGAGGUUACACCGGAAGCAUCUAUCACGAUUUCAUGGAUGGUUUCAUUCCGCUUUUCAUCACGGCCAAUGUGAUCUACCCCGACCGUGAUGUCAUCCUUGUGGUAGCUAAUCCUAGGGAAUGGUGGAUGCCGAAAUACAUGGAAGUUUUAGGUGCGUUUAGCAAACACAAACCCAUAUUACUCGAGAAUGAAAAUGCGUCUGUUACGCAUUGUUUCACUUCAGCUAUUGUGGGUUUAAUCUCACAUGGGCCUAAAGCAAUAAACUCGACCCGAUUACCUAAUUCAAAAUCAUUAGAGGACUUUCACAACCUUCUAGACAAAGCCUUCAACACAAAUAUACCAACUUUCAAAAUCCAAAAGCCUCGUCUCAUAUUGAUCAGUCGAUAUGGCAACAUUGGUAGGGUGAUAUUAAACGAGGAGAAGGUCAAAGAGAUGCUUGAAAACGUUGGGUUCGAGGUAAUCACAUUUAGACCAACGGGAACGACGAGCAUGAGAGAAGCGUAUGAACUUAUAAAGUCGAGUCAUGGGAUGGUCGGGGUUCAUGGUGCAGCAUUAACCCAUUUGUUGUUUCUUAGACCCGGUUCGGUUUUCGUUCAGGUUGUUCCCGUUGGAGUAGGUUGGGUGGCUAAUUGUUACGGAUCGCCUGCUAAAGCAAUGAAGUUGGAGUAUAUGGAGUAUUCUAUUGAUGUGGAAGAAAGUAGUUUGGUAGAGAAGUAUAGUAGAGAUGAUUUGGUUUUUAAAGAUCCUAUCGCUUUUAGCAGGAAGGAUUGGGGUGUGACUAAAAAAGUUUAUUUAAAAGAACAAGAUGUUAGAUUAGAUGUGAACCAGUUUAGGAAUCAUAUGAAUAAAGCGUACGAGAAAGCUAAAUUGUUUAUGGAUUUAAACGGUUGAGUUGAUUAUACGUUUAUGCUUAUCGUAAUGGUUUGUAAUAUCCGAGUACAAAAUGUCUUUUAUAUAUAAAUUUAUCCAUUUAUUUGAUGGUCAGUUUGAAUAAAUAUACUAUUCUUUUGUGUGUUUAUGUGCGUAUUCUUAUACAUUAAUAAUAAAUCACAAAUAUGAUUCGCUCAAGAAGGCAAAAAUCAAAAUAUGAUUUGAAUGAAAGGGAACCAAAACUAAACUGAAAUUCAUAUUUAGCAUCGUUUGGCCAAACAUGAAAUUGGUUUUUGAAAUGAUUUAUUAAUCAUCUGCUGAGCUAAGAUGGUCCAAUGAUUGUCUAAAUUCAUAUUUGAUUCAGUACGUGACUAACUUGAUUUACGAGUUUCAUUAUACUGUAUGUCGUGUUCAUGAGCUGUGUUUUU